AUGGACAAUAGAGGUGCUUCAUUCGUAGCUGUUAGAAGAACUACACCGCAUGGAGAAACCUGCAAUUCAAAUUCCGCUGAGGCUGUGGCAGGAUCAGCAGCAUGGCUUGGUAGAAGCCUGUCUUGUGUAUGUGUACAGAGAAGAGAUAGUGAUGCUUCUAGCUUUUUUGAUUUAAGUCUAGCCCAGGAGGAAUGCUUGCAGAGGCUACAGAGACGAAUAGAUGUUCCAUAUGACAGUUCUAAAAUUGAGCACCAGGAGGCCCUUAGGGCUUUAUGGAAUGUUGCAUUUCCUGAAGAAGAACUCCGUGGCUUGAUAUCUGAGCAAUGGAAGGAAAUGGGCUGGCAAGGGAAGGAUCCAUCAACAGAUUUUAGGGGUGGUGGUUUUAUUUCUUUGGAGAAUUUUCUGUUCUUUGCUAGGAAUUUCCCGAAAUCGUUCCAGGAUCUUUUAUGGAAGCGGGAAGGAGAUAGGUCCGUGUGGGAAUAUCCGUUCGCUGUUGCUGGUGUUAACAUCACAUUCAUGCUGGUGCAGAUGCUUGAUCUUGAAGCAGUGAAGCCACGCACACUGGUGGGAGCAACUUUUCUAAAGUUUCUUGAAGAAAAUGAAUCAGCUUUUGAUCUUCUCUACUGCAUAGCUUUCAAGCUGAUGGAUCACCAAUGGCUUUCUAUGCGCGCCUCAUACAUGGAUUUUAAUACAGUGAUGAAAUCUACACGACGUGAGCUAGAGAAAGAGCUUCUUCAAGAAGAAGUAUUGCAUCUUGAAGACUUACCCUCAUACAAACUACUUUCACGAUAG